CCUUCCCCAGGUUCUGAAGGAGAAGGCUCUGUCUGCAGCAUCCAUGCCUGCCCAAAGGGCACCGAGUGAAGUGUGUGGAGACUCCAACAAUGUCAGUCAUAGAAAUGACGUUGAACUAACCGAACUCCUGGAGGAGAAAUCUGAUUCCCAGGCCGGAGGAGAUUCAGCAGCGGGCAUGGGAUUCCAAACUGACUCGACAACACAGCCUGAAGAAGAAGAGGAAGAGGAGGUGCGAGUGCUAACUCUGCCACUGCAGGCCCAUCAUGCAAUGGAGAAGAUGGAGGAGUUUGUAUACAAGGUUUGGGAGGGUCGUUGGCGGGUAAUCCCUUAUGACGUACUCCCAGACUGGCUGAAGGACAAUGAUUAUUUGCUGUAUGGCCACAGGCCACCUAUGCCAUCAUUCCGAGCCUGUUUCAAGAGUAUCUUCAGGAUCCACACAGAGACUGGGAACAUCUGGACACAUCUGCUGGGUUUUGUCUUCUUCCUGUGCCUGGGAAUUCUGACCUUGCUGAGGCCAAACAUGUACUUCAUGGCCCCUCUGCAGGAGAAGGUCGUCUUUGGCAUGUUCUUCCUGGGAGCUGUUCUUUGCCUCAGCUUCUCCUGGCUCUUCCACACGGUCUACUGUCACUCCGAGAAAGUUUCCAGAACGUUCUCCAAACUGGACUACUCUGGAAUCGCCUUGCUUAUCAUGGGGAGCUUUGUGCCCUGGUUAUAUUACUCCUUUUACUGCUCUCCCCAGCCCCGACUCAUCUACCUCGGCAUUGUUUGUGCUCUGGGAAUAUCAGCCAUCAUUGUCGCUCAGUGGGAUCGAUUUGCCACUCCCAAACAUCGGCUUACAAGAGCAGGUGUGUUUCUUGGUCUUGGCCUGAGUGGAAUUGUCCCCACUCUCCAUUUUACGAUCGCUGAGGGGUUUGUCAAAGCGACAACUGUUGGACAGAUGGGCUGGUUCUUCCUGAUGGCUGCAAUGUAUAUCACCGGGGCUGGGUUAUAUGCCGCUCGGAUUCCAGAACGAUUCUUCCCUGGCAAAUGUGAUAUAUGGUUCCAGUCACAUCAGCUAUUCCACGUCUUGGUGGUAGUCGCAGCCUUUGUUCACUUCCAUGGCGUUUCCAACCUGCAGGAAUUCCGAUAUGGGCUAGAAGGCGGCUGCACAGAUGAUUCCCUCCUCUGAAACCAGGGACUGCUGCACAGAGUUCUCUAACAACACAGCCUGAAGUGCAUUGAAACUUUUCUCUUCAUUUUAUUUCUUUU